GUACCUAUAAGAGCAUCAAAUUUCCACAAACUCAAGCCCCUCCUUUUUCUCUCUCCUUCUUUCUUUCUCUCUCCAAACCCCCCCCCCAAAAUCCCCCUAAAAUGGAACCCCCCGCCUCCGCCCCCCACGGCGGCUCCAUCUCUUUCCACCGCCGCCACAACCGCUACCGUCGCUCCCGCCACCUAUCCGGAAUCCAUGGACUCCUCGCCACGCUCCCGCAAUACGGACUCAUGGGACGACCCAGCUCCUCCACCAACUCUCCACUCAAAGCUCCGCCUCAUGUGCAGCUAUGGUGGCACCAUCGUCCCUCGUCCCCACGACAAAGUCUUAUGUUACAUCGGCGGCGACACUCGUAUGGUCGUCGUGGACCGCCACACUUCCCUCUCCUCUCUUCACCACCGCCUCUCUUUUUCUCUUCUCCAUGGCCGCCCCUUUACUCUCAAGUAUCAACUACCCUCCGAAGAUCUCGACUCGCUUAUCUCGGUUACAACCGAUGAAGACCUUGAAAACAUGAUCGAUGAAUACGACCGUACUUAUUCCCAAACAACGUCGUCAAGCAAGUCCUCCCGUAUUCGCCUCUUUCUUUUCCCUCUCAAUCCGGAGGGAACCCCGGCGACUUCCCACUCAAUUGGGCCGAUUAUUAACAAUUCGACCAAGUCCGAUGAAUGGUUUCUUAACGCGUUGAAUGGGGCAGGGUUGUUGAACAGAGGGUUUUCGGAUUCGGCGACGAAUGUGAAUUGUUUGUUGGGAUUGGAUGAUGAUCGUCAGGGAAAUGUUGAAGUUGGUUUGAAAGAUGAAGGGAGUGGGAGUCAGAAGAAUAUGAAUUUGAAAAAUCAAGAUGUUCAUUCGGUUCCUGAUUCUCCUAUGCUUGAAACUACUUCUUCUUUUGGUUCAACUUCUUCGUCUCCUUUGCUUGCUAACUUGCCUCCUAUUCGAGUCCACGCCGAGGAUCAGAAGGAGAAUAAAGUGGUGGGGGUUGAGGAGCAGUUUGCUCAAUUUACUGUGAGUGCUGCUGCUGCUGCUGCUGGAGGUGGAGGGGGAGGGGUGAAGCAGCAGGAUGAAGGAUUUGUGGUUUUGUCAUCGCCGCCGCCGAUGCCGGUGGGCAUAGCUGUUUCCGGUGGUGGGGUGGGUUUGAGUUCGGGUGUGGUUCCUGGGGAAUAUACCAAUCGGGGUUUUUCGGAUGAUGAGAGAUCGGAUCAUGGGGUUCCUGUUGGGUAUAGGAAACCGCCACCUCCGCAGUCACAGCCUCAGGGUUUGCCUCUUCAUAAUCAGCAGAAGUCCAGCAGUGGUCAUGAUUUGGCUUCGCCGGAUUCUGUCUCAAGUGAUAGUAGUUUUACAAAUCCAUUGUCACGCCAAAAACCUAUGAUUUAUCAAGACCCGGUUGCUCAAAUCCCACCUGGAGCUAACAGGGUUGCUGCAAACCCUGUUGAUCCAAAGCUUAAUAUCUCUGAUCUGAACACAAAUGCUCGGAUUCAGAUUCAACAACCAGUUCAGGAUUCUGGUUAUAUAUUGCAGCAAACCCCAUUUGAUCAACAGCAACAGCACCAACCACAACCACAGCAACAACAGCAAUUCUUACACGCUGGUGCAGCACAUUACAUUCAUCAUCACCCCGCUGGGGCAGUGCCAAUCUCAGCUUAUUAUCCUGUAUAUCCUUCCCAACAGCAACACCAUCAUCACCCUCACGCACAGAUUGAUCAGCAAUAUCCUGUGUAUUAUGUGUCUGCAAGGCAACCCCAAGCUUACAACUUGCCUGUCCAGCAACCUAGUAUUAGUGAAGCCACUACUGCAAUCCCAUCUAGCCAUCCUCAGACUCCUCCGAAUCCUGCCAUGGUUCCUCCUCCUGCAGCAUACAACCCUAUGAGAAAUGCUCCUAUUAACAAAACUGAAAUGGCUGCUGCCACAGGAAUGUACAGAACAACAACUACUGGUACUCCGCAACUGGUUCAAGUGCCAAACAGUCAGCAUCAGCAACAAUAUGUGGGGUACUCUCAGAUUCAUCAUCCAUCACAGUCUGUUGCUCCUACCUCCGCUGCAACUGCCACAUAUGCUUAUGAAUUCUCAGAUCCUGCACAUGCUCAGAUAUACUACACUCAGCCUUUGGCACCCACAAUGCCUUCUCAGUACCAAACCAUGACUGCAGCUGCUGCAGUAGUAUUGCCAGAUGGAUCUUCUCAGCUUACGACUGAUAGCAUCAAGCCGCAGAUCAGAACUUCACAGCCAAUAUAAAUCUGUCAAGAAGAAAGCAACAACAAUUUUGAAGGAAGGGUUUGGUUUAUAUCUUUAAAUUCUGUUUUAGUGUCUGCCUUGUUAUUGUUAUUGGUUUGUGAUAUGUAUUGGUCAAGGAUAAUAAGGAACUCUGGUGGUUUUUUACUAUCUCGUGUAUGUCAUAUUGUUGUUAUUGUCAUAGGAAAUCAAAGUCAUCUGAAGAUUAUACUGUAACAGCUCAAACUCAUAUAUUGUGUGCUUUGUGCAGUUCAUAUGUCAGUUACAUAAUAAUGGUUAUACAAAUAGCAAAAGCUUAAAGUUAAUUGGUUCUUA